AUGGAUAACUCCUCCGUCUGUUCCCCAAAUGCAACUAUCUGCACAGGUGAUUCCUGCCUAGUACGUGAGAGCGACUUCAAUGCAGUUCUCAAUACAGUGAUGAGCACUGUGCUCACCACCCUACUAGCCAUGGUGAUGUUUUCUAUGGGGUGCAAUGUGGAAAUCCACAAGUUCCUAGGACACAUAAAGCGGCCAUGGGGCAUCUGCGUGGGCUUCCUCUGUCAGUUUGGAAUCAUGCCUCUCACAGGCUUUAUCCUGUCUGUGGCCUCUGGCGUCCUUCCUGUACAGGCUGUGGUGGUAUUAAUUAUGGGUUGUUGCCCUGGAGGAACUGGCUCCAAUAUUCUGGCCUAUUGGAUAGAUGGCGACAUGGACCUCAGUGUUAGCAUGACCACUUGCUCCACACUGCUUGCCCUUGGAAUGAUGCCCCUUUGCCUGUUCAUCUAUACCAAGAUGUGGGUUGACUCAGGAACGAUUGUGAUUCCCUAUGAUAGCAUUGGCAUUUCUCUGGUUGCCCUUGUUAUUCCCGUUUCCAUUGGAAUGUUUGUAAAUCACAAGUGGCCCCAAAAAGCGAAGAUUAUACUUAAAAUUGGAUCCAUUGCAGGUGCAAUUCUCAUUGUACUCAUAGCUGUGGUUGGAGGAAUAUUGUACCAAAGUGCCUGGAUCAUUGAACCCAAACUGUGGAUUAUAGGAACGGUAUAUCCUAUAGCUGGCUACAGCCUGGGUUUCUUCCUGGCUAGACUAGCUGGUCAACCUUGGUACAGGUGCCGAACAGUUGCCUUGGAAACCGGAAUGCAGAACACUCAGCUAUGUUCCACCAUUGUACAGCUCUCCUUCUCCCCUGAGGAUCUCAACCUUGUGUUCACCUUCCCACUCAUCUAUACUGUUUUCCAGCUCGUCUUUGCAGCAAUAAUAUUAGGAAUUUAUGUCACAUACAAGAAAUGCUGUGGAAAAAAUGAUACUGAGUUUCUAGAGAAAACAGACAAUGAAAUGGACCCCAGGCCAUCAAUUCAAGAGACAAACAAGGGAUUUCAACCAGAUGAGAAGUAG